GUAUUGGUCGAGUUGCAACAGAGUGUUUGGACGAGCCAGCAGGAUGGACGGCAGAUCGAGACCUGUGCGCGGCAGCCACGAUGCAAAAAACCAUGUGGUACUCGCCCAGCGCAACCCCGGUGUCCGUUCUGUGUUGCAUUUGUCAUUCCCUUUAGCGGCACCCAUGCAACGCCGCCGCCGUCUCGGUGUGGCGAUGGGGAUGGCGUUGCUGGGUAUCACAGGCGCCGCUUCCAAUGCGAACUAUUCGUUCUGUCGAGCGAACGUCUUGUGCACGAUGCUCAGUGGACUCGAGUGCAAUCGGUCUGGCGGGCGUUGCCCGCCAUGUAUAUUCCAGCGCGCCGCAGGUGCAAUGGAUUGUAGAGAAAAGGUCUCGAUGGAGCAGACAUGCCCACAAGUCGAGCUUCCCCUUCUCGUAGACUGCGAUGGCGAGAUCUCGACCACGUCGAUGCCGCCUUCAACUACUUCCCAGGCGAUGCCACCCACGACUUCGUUGGUAUCAACGACCGUCCAACCUGCCAACAAGGAUGCAACAACGAAUCCAAGCGCAGGUAAGGUACCUCGUUUGACUCUUUCGUCGAGAUCACGUGCACGGCCAGAUGCAAACCACACCAAGUCUUUCGUGUACUGGAUCAUCGCCGUCGCCGGGGUCCUGUGCUUUCUACUCGGAGCCAUUUGCGUCGUGCGGCACCGCAAGUCGACGAGGAGAGAGUGUGUGGUGCCGCCAAACAUUCAGCCCGUGCACAAAAUCCCGUCCGACCCCGUCGACACCGACGACGUGUCGAUACCCCCGCCAUUAAUCCUUGUCUCCGAUUCGCAGCGGGAAGACUUGCUGGACCGUUCGCCCCGCUUCGACUCGCCAGCAUUUAUCUCGGUCUCAAGUGGGCCAUCGUCUGCGGACGACGACGACAUCCUCAGCACCGUCUUCAUGCGGUUCCGCACCACGGUGGACUAUGCAAACGACGAACGGAAUUCGGUGUUUUCCUUGCUCUCGCCCAUGAAUUCCCCCGACACCGUAUCCACUGACGACGACGAAGUCGAUAUUUAGAGUGUAGAAUGUGUAAGUGUUGCGAAGUUGACGUGCCAUGUGAAUCAAACUGCUGCCACG